CAGUUGACAACAUACCUGACCUCCUGAGGGAAGUGGUACUUUUUGUUACAUCCCUGCUAACUGCGACAAGCAAACAACAUGAAGCCCAAAGCUUUUCCAUUGAGGCUGUUUGACAGAAAUUCAGCAUCAGGUGAGACUGUGAAUGUACAUGCAGCAAAAUAUCAACGGCAUGUGGACUGUGUGGAUCACUGUGGCCACGAUGACAGCCAGUCGGUGGGCGACAGGAGCAGACAAAAUGAGAAGAGCCACAGAGAAGUUCAUUUUGCUUUUCUGCCAGAGAGGUAUGAGCCGCUGGUGGAUGAGGAGGAGCAAGUCAAUGUGAAAGAGGAGAAGAAGAAAAGGAAGAAAGAAAAGUACAAAAAAGUAAAAAAGAAUGUCGGCAAGGCACUGCGCUCCAGCUGGAAGUGUCUAAUGCUUGGUCUGUACAAUUUUGCCCUCGGCUACUCUACUCCGAUCACGGUGGCUGCUACUUUUGUCCCUGACUUUCACCGAGGCAGAAACACAACCUGAGUCACCAUCACCUCCAGUUUCUUUGCCAACUGUACUGUACAUUCCAAUAAACCCAUGGACACUGAUCCCAGACUUUCUAUAUCGUCACACUGUUAAAAUAAUCGCCUAUGUCAUUUUUUGUCAAAUUUGGGGUCAUGACGCCGGCCACCUAUGGUAAAAUCGCCUACAUCCUCAGUUGAUCAGAUCAUGUGAUUUUACCCCUUUAAGAUCAUCACUUCUUUGACAAUUUGCCACAUUCAUAGGCAUCAGAUAAGAACCCAGCAAAGAAGAGCUAGAGGGAGAUUGUUUAGUUUUCAGUUUAGUUUAUCAGAGUUUUAUUGUUGACACUAAAAUUGGUAACACUUUACUCGAAGGUGUCUACAUAAGAGUGACAUGAGUGUGUCAUAAACAUGACAUGGGAUGUGUCAUGAACAUUAAUGACACUUUGAAGUAACAUUAAUGCUCAUGAUACUUGU